UUCUCCCGCCGCCAAGUAACCACUUCAAACGCAUCCGUUGCCAUGGUAACAAGCAUAAACGACAAAAAUUUAAGUGACAAUGCCUGUAGUACCGGAAGUUGAGGAAAUACUGAAUAAAUACAAACAGGAAGAGGAGAAAAUCGAAACUUUAUUUCAAGACAUUGAGAAACGUGAAAAAUGCAAAAAUAGCAACGUCGACGCCAAAAACCGAAAAUUCCUUUCACUGGAAGAAGCCAAAGAACGCAAUAAAACCAUCUUGCGAGAUUUGGAAACUGUGAAAGGAAAUCUUCGUUCCAAGGCGAUUUUUAGCCCCACUGAAAUGCAAUGGGAGGAAAUUUGUAAACGCUACCAGGACGAACCAUCCCUCGUCGUGACCACCUGGCGAUGUAAUUUACCAAUUUUCGUGUAAACAUUUAUUUAAAAUAAGAAACUACAAUGAGUCAACAAUAAAAA